AUGAAUAAUUCAAUGUUAAAUAUCAUUAAUAAUACUGGUAUUAAUGAUAACAAUGAUGAUAUGAUAGCAAUGGAUACUUGGGAGGAUCGAAGGAUAUCAAUAACACUUCAAUAUGGUUCAUUUAAGGAAGUAUUAGUUCUUGAACGAACAAAUAAUCCACAGCAAUUUGAAUCACUUUGUGAACGUGCUAGACAAAUAGCUGAAAAGCAUUAUGAUGGCAAAUUAGCAAGUGGUUGUGAGUUACAUCUAUUCAGACAUGAUUAUAAUUCACCAAAUAUGCUUCAACAUUUAACUUCUAUUACACAAUUGGAUAAUGGUUGUAUUGUGGAAAUCAUUUUAAUUGAUCGUAAUGAACGACCAACACGUCCUCAUGUACUUGCUGUUACAUCAUAUAUCACUCCAACAUUUUGUGAUUAUUGUGGUGAAAUAUUAGUUGGCUUAAUUAAGCAAGGUUUACAAUGUGCUAAAUGCAGAUGUAAUUUUCAUAAAAAAUGCGCAUUUGCGCCAAGGAAUAAUUGCGCUAAAAAUAAUCAAACAGCAAUUCUUCCAAGUACUGCUACCGCAUCAACAGAUGAUCUUCGUUGUCAACAAGAUGCUACAUUUGCAUUACCACAUACAUUAGCUGUACAUAAUUAUAAAACACUUACAAUUUGUAAAGUAUGUGACAAAAUGUUAAUUGGCUUAAUGAAACAAGGAUUACGUUGUCGUGAUUGCAAGGUUAAUGUUCAUCGAAAAUGUGCUUCAUUAUUACCAAUGAAUUGUCAAAUUGCUGAUGGCGCAAUAACACCAUCAUUUGAUCAAUUAAGUGUUGAUGAUGAUACAUCAUUACUUUCAACAGUCUAUGAUGAAGCAGCAACAAUAAUACAUGAAGAAAAUGAUUCAAUGAUACCACUUGCACGAUUACCAGGACAAGCAUCAACACGUAUCACUAAUCGACAGCCAACAGUUGAAGGCUGGAUGAUUCAUUUCAUGCUUGAUCAACCAGAACGACGUCUACGACAUUAUUGGAUUCUUACCGGUGGUGCUAUUAAUAUGUAUAAUGAAUAUAAUGAAGGUGUAAAUCCACAUCGUAUUUAUCGAACAAUUCCGCUUGGUGGUAUAAUGGUUUUAACACCAUAUAAUGGACCACCUGUACAUUCAAGCUUUCCUGCUCAUUGUUUCGAAAUUCGUACAACAUCACAUAUGGUAUAUUGUGUGGGUGAAAAUUUAGAUUUAUACAGUGCGCCACCAUCAAAAGUACCACGUCAUACAAAUGGAAAAAGUAAUUCGAAUGCGCAAAUGUGGUUUCAGGCUUUACAACAAGCAUUACGUCCACCAUCAUCAAGAAAUGAUUCAUCAAAUACAGAACCAGCUUUGCAGUUUACCGAAUUAUAUCAGAUUUUGGGUGAUAAAACGCUUGGAUCUGGACAAUUUGGUACCGUUUAUGCAGGUGUUCAUCGACAAAGUGGACGUGAAGUUGCUGUAAAAGUAAUAGCAAAAGAUCGUUUUGCAAAAAAAUCAUCAGCUGGAGUGGAAACAUUACGAAGUGAAGUUGCAAUUUUGCAAUCAAUUAGCCAUUGUGGUAUUAUCAAGCUUGAAUCAAUGUUUGAAACAAAGGAUAAAAUUUUUGUAGUAAUGGAAAAGAUGAAUGGUGACAUGUUGGAAAUGAUUUUAAGUCAGGCUGCAGGUCGCCUGGAUGAACGAGUUACCAAAUUUUUGAUCAUGCAAAUUUUAUGCGCCCUGCGAUAUUUACAUUCAAAGGGAAUUGCACAUUGCGAUCUCAAACCUGAAAAUGUCCUAUUAUCUGAUCUCGUUAAUGCUUUCCCUCAAACAAAACUUUGCGAUUUUGGCUAUGCUCGAUUUAUUGGUGAUGCUCAAUUCAGGAAAACGAUUGUUGGUACUCCUGCUUAUUUAGCUCCAGAAGUUCUUCAAAAACGAGGUUACAAUAAAUCACUUGAUAUGUGGUCUGUUGGUGUGAUAAUUUAUGUAACAUUAAGUGGUACAUUUCCAUUUAAUGAUGGUGAAGAAAUUGCUGAACAAAUACAAAAUGCUGCUUUUAUGUUUCCAACAGUACCAUGGCAACAAAUAUCACAUGAAGCUAUCGAUUUAAUACAAAGAUUACUUAAAGUAAAGAUUGAGGAACGUUUAUCAAUUGAUGAAUGCAUAAAGCAUGAAUGGCUUGAUGAAGCACAAGUUUACAUGGACUUAAGACGAUUGGAAUUACAAUUAGGUGGUGAAAGAUAUUUGACAAAUGCAGAAGAUGAUGCUCGUUAUGCUCAUCAUCUGACCGAUGGUCAAGGUAUUAUACCACAACAGCAGCACAUCACUCCAUCAUCAUUGAUUUAA